GUCACCAUACUACUUUAUGCCUCUUCCUGUUAUAGGACUACUGUGGAAUUAUAUUUUUGAUUUUUAAAGCCAUUUAUUAAUGGCAUGCUCAUCUCUUUGAAAAAACGCGCAUAAAAUUAACAACGCUCAGUUCAGUUCGAUUUCUUCAUGCGGCGGCGACCACUUCACCCUCUCCGAUUCUGCAUCACUGACUUCCAUUCUUCCCUAACUGCCGUCUCCAUGUCUUCUUUCCGUGGUGGUCGGAACUACCCGCGGAGGAAUUUUUCCGACCGUCCGAUUGUUGAUGGAAGAAGAGGCCAUUACAUUUCUGAUGACUCCCAUUUCCGGCCAGGCCGAGAGGCCAAUCUAGGGUCCCACAACGGUGAGGGCGGAAGCUUCAGGACUGCCUCGGAGUUUCCAUUGCCCGAUCGGCCAUCUCAUCCCAAUCAAAAUCACCAGUUUCGGCCGCACCUCUAUCAGAACCAGCAGCAGUUUCGGCCGCGUUUCUAUCAGAACCACCAGCAGUUUCGACCUCCACCCACGCAUUACAAUUAUCAAAACCAACAAUUUCGUCGGUCUCCGGCUCCGCCGUUUCAACAUAAUCAACCGCGCAGGGUAGCUAAUCAAUACCAGCCUCGGCCUCGGCCUCCAGAUUUUCGAAAUUGGGAAUUUGCAAAGACUUCACCGCCAUCAACUAGUGAGCGGUUUACAAUUCUUUCGUAUAAUAUACUGGCUGACUAUCUGGCUACGGACCACCGAAGCAGACUUUACUAUCACAUUCCUCCAUACAUGUUGGACUGGCAAUGGAGAAAGAAAAAUAUACUUUUCGAGCUGGGUUUGUGGUCUGCUGAUAUAAUAUGUUUUCAGGAGGUCGAUAGAUUUCAGGAACUAGAAGAGGGGUUAAGGCUUCGAGGAUACACUGGCGUUUGGAAGAGGCGGACUGGUGUUCCUAUUGAUGGGUGCGCAAUAUUUUGGCGUUCAUCAAGAUUCAAGUUGCUGCAUGAAGAAUCUAUAGAGUUCAAUAAGCUUGGACUUCGAGAUAAUGUUGCUCAGAUUUGUGUAUUGGAGUUGCUAAGUCGAAAUUGUGAUGAAAAUGCUGCAACUCUACCAACAAGCUCAACCAAUUCAAAUAAAGUUGUUGUUUGUAACAUUCAUGUGCUUUUCAACCCUAAAAGAGGAGAUAUUAAGCUUGGCCAGGUCAGGACACUCCUUGAUAGGGCUCAUGCAGUUUCAAAGAUCUGGAAUGAUGCUCCAGUUGUUCUUUGUGGUGAUUUUAAUUGUGUACCAAAGAGUCCAUUAUACAAUUAUAUCUCAGAACAAAAGAUAGAUUUGUCAGUGGUUGAUAGGAAUAAGUUGUCUGGACAAGCUUCUGCUGAAAUUCGUGAACAAAGAACUUAUAAUCCUAAUUAUGGUGUUAUAUCUGGUGAUUAUUCGUUUAGAGCUCCAUCAAUGGUACAAGGUAACAAAGUUGUGAAGAUGAACGAAUCAUCAUUAGAUAUGGAGAAACCCUUUGAUCUAGAUAGCAGUACAGAGAAUGUGCCGUUGGUGGAGAACUCUCCUCAUUCUCAUAAUGCCUUGAGUGUGAAUGAUAGGUCAAGCACCAGCCUAAUUCAUGAAAGAAACGAUGCCAAAGUAGGUGAUGAAGUGAAAGAAGAAACUCAGGAGAUUCUUGUGCAUGAUCCUAGUGAUAGCUUACGGAAAGAUAUAUGUACGCCUUACUGUGAAGGUGGCUCCUCAACUGGUAAUUUGAAUCAUGAGAAAACGGAUAACAUGGUCAAUGUUUUAUUUGGUGGAAGUUCUGAAUCGACCAAUUAUUCAGAAGAGGAAAGCAAAAGCUGUGAUAAUGUUUUGCAGUCCUUACCAGAUGUAACUUGUUCUUCCAUGGUUGAGACUGCUUCAGAGGCUUACUGCCAGACUAUCUCUUCUUGUGAUGAUAACAGAACUUCUCCACAGAACUCUGAAGAUUUAUUCUCUCUGCAAGUCUCUAGUGACAGGCAGGGUGACUCCUCAGGCACAAGUCAAACACACUUGGCAUUUUCACCUACUAACAUUGACGUGCAAGAAAAAGUUGACACUUUAACUUUGGAUGAAACCAUGACUGGAGAAGGAAAUAUAGCUGAAGAUAGUACUACUUUUUUAUCUGCAUUACACAACUAUGAAGGAGACUUUUCUUGUGAUCCUGAUCAAUUGCUAAGAUCAGACACCACAAACUCUAACCCUUUAUCAAACAUUGGAGUGGAAGGUGACUUGUCCACAGAUUUGGAUCCAGAGCAGCCUAUUGAAGUUGAGAAAUUUUUUUAUGACCCAUCAUUAUGGACUCCUGCAGACAUAGAAACUGCCACAGGCGAUGCAAAAUGUACCUUUGUGGAGCAUCCUUUGAAGCUUAAAAGCACAUAUACAGAAGUCGAGGAUUGUUUGGGUACUAGAGAUUCAAAUGGAGAGCCUCUUGUAACCAGUUAUCAUAGAUGUUUCUUGGGAACAGUUGACUACAUUUGGCGUUCUGAAGGCUUACAGACAGUCAAAGUGCUAUCUCCUAUACCAAAACACGUUAUGCAAACAACUUCAGGAUUCCCAACAAAGAAAUGGGGUAGCGAUCAUAUUGCCUUGGCUUCUGAAUUAGCAUUUGUCAAAGAAGAUGCUAAUCACAAAAUAGAUGUUCAGCAGUGACAACGUUAACCAACAUCACUUGCAGAAAAUAGAUGUUAGACUUCUCUUUUGCACAUUUAGAAAGCUCGGUGAUGCUCUGAUUAUUUAUAUAUUUGGCAUUUUCAGAUUUCAGUAAGAAGAAUCUUUUGGAAUUGUUGCCAUUCUGAGAGCAUCUAUUUUUUCGAUUCUGAUUGUUUUAAUGUUUGCUGAGAGGAAGUUCCACAAGGUUGUUUUCUAGUAAGUCAAAGUUGUCACCAUUUCUAAUUAUUCCUUAUGUACAAAUAUAGUUACAAGUGGCUAUUUAAGUGGGAGCUGUAUGUACUACUUGGAACGAAUGUUCUUAAAAAUUUGAGAGGUUUAUACCAUUUUGCUGUUAAAUUCCUGUUAGUAUUCUGUUUCAAAAAAAAAAAUUGUUUGCUAAAAUAAUUUCAAAUAUAGUUCAAUCA